CCCUCUUCUUUAAUUAAACUAUUAUCCACCCAUCACCCACCAUCAAUUCCAUCAUUCCGAAUCCCCAUCGCAGAGGCUGGUAGAGCUGAUCUGUCCACCUGCAACCAGCCUCUGUCUCUCUCCUGCGAUCUACGACCCGCUGCACACCUUGACAGCCCCGCCGCCCGCUAUCCUCCCGCACUCUCCCAUUCGAAAGGAAAAAAGAGUUAAUAAAGCAACUAGUAUCCGACCCGACAUUGUGGUUUUAGACAAUCAGAUCCACCAGACGCACCCACACACACACACACCUCCGUUCCCUGCUCUCACUGCCUUACCACCCUCCCAUCCUCCUCCCUCAUUCACUCCUCGCCCCACUCCCUUUCCAUCCGUCCACCCCCCUUUCCCAACGGGCCCUUACAUUUGCCAUACGUCCCGCACCGUGCCAUACGUACAGUACUUGAGAUCACCUGCCCCCCUUCCCGAAGCCUCUCGGUUCGACAAGUUUUACCUCUGCAUACAUACAUACCAUGCCCCGGAAACCAUCUAUCUCUUGAUACUUAAGGCUCAUCCUCCUCCCUGUCCCUGCCCCGUCUUCUUUCGUACCCGCAAAUGUCCUGGAACCCCCCGCCCGACGAACGUCACUCGAAUCGAAAAGAGUGGGAGAAAACGACAGAAGACAAAGAGCAGCCCCCUGGCAGGAACGACUCUCCACCCCAAACCAAAUCACAAUUGCAUUAUUCUGAUCCUCACGUAGGCCCUUGCCACCUCUCUUAAUCUCGUAUGCGAUGACUGACAUGUUUUUUUAUUGUUAUUUAAAAAAGGUGAAGCCAACUCAUCCCCACCAGCCCCAAGUUCAACAUCCACUUCCUCCCCAUCUGCACCAUUCACCGCACCAUCACCCCUACCCUCACACUCAGCCUCCUCAACCUUCCCAAACCCCUCAUCUCCCUCCCAUACAGCAGGAGCGCCCGGCGAUUGAGCAGCCCGAAAUGUAUGCAGCCUCUGAGCCGAUGUAUCAGUACCGCAUCCCACCCCAUCAGUUGCCUGGCUUUCAACAGAGCAAUUUUCAGCAGCCGGCACCUAGACAACGAACCGCAAUUGCCUGCAGGUACUGUCGGCGACGCAAGGUAAAAAACAAAAAGUCGUGAAUCUUGGAGUGGGUGAAAUCUUUAGCUAAAACAUCAGUAGAUUCGAUGCUCAGGAUUCGAGUCUUCUCCGGAUGGACGAUGCGCCAAUUGCUUGAGGUUCAAUCAGGAAUGUGUUUUCACACCAGUAUCGUCGCAAACGCAAGCGUUCGUUCCCGCCCAUGCGGUGUAUCCUGGCCGUUCUACUGGAGGACGGGGUGGUCCCUUGUACGGAGCUCACGGUCAGCCCCUCCCUCCAAACUACAAUGCGAUGCCGAUGCCUCUACAGGCACCUGUAUCAUCGGCGCAAUCCUCUAUGGAAUUCCGCUCAUCCCAGAAAUAUUCCCGGCCCCCAAGUCCUGGAGCUGGACCCAAUCGACCGCCGCCUCCACCUCCGGCACAACCACAUUAUGGAAGCUACGAGGAGCCAAUGGCCUAUGAACCAGAGAGAAACAGGAGUCAGGAGCCGCGCCCGUCGCUCUUGCCUCCUCCGGUGCCCGGUAACCAACCGCCACAGCCGCGCCCUCUCCAGAGGAGAAGUUCAGCAGGUGAAUAUCAAAGUCACCAUGCGCACAACGACCCUCCCUCCCCUUCGUCCCAUCUUCUACAUGCGCAGCAUGCAUAUUCUCCUCCGCCGGUUUCUGGGCCACCAUCCUCGUCAUUUCAAGCUUCCAGCUAUGCUCAGGGUCCGCCACCGUCGGCAGCGAGUAAUUAUUACCCGCCGGGCCCUGGCGCGAGCCAGCAGCGAACAAGGUCACCUGUGGGAUUUCAUUCGUCGGAUCGCUCAAGCGGGUCCCCGCAUCCAUUUCAUCCCCCCAUGCAUCCCCCGCCUCCGAGGCCCGCCUCAUCAGGCCCGAGCCCAUCCAGCCCCAAUACACAUUCGAUUCCGUCCAUGCAGAUGGGGAGUCUGAUUGAUCCGAGCCAGCCCCACGGCCGGGGAGGAAAUCAGCGGACUGCUGCAGAUGGAGAUAUGCUAGACCGGCUAAUGCCGAGAUCAGGGCUUUGAUCUAUACAAGUGGGCCUGGGUUGGGGUUGAUAUCUAUUUCCUCAGGAACCGUUUUCCGGGGACCAAUGACAAAUUUCUCGAACGUACAAAUUGAAUCAUGAAACGACUUUAGUCCUAGCUUAGUGAUUUGCAUAGCCUUUUUCUCAUUCCUUUUCUUUGCAAAUCGAUCCGGUUUGGUGGAACCUGAAACUUUUUCAUGAUGUCAUUGGGUUUUUUCUGCUGUAAAGUGCCUGAUGCCUCAAAAAACAAAAAACGGAACCAUGCCUCAUUUCUUUUCAUUGCAUUUGGAGUUUUUUUUUUUUUUGUCUUGAUGCCCCAAUUCCCGAAUCUUUUAUAUUUUAUUGCACGAUAUUCGUACCAGUCAUUUCAUGGGUGGAAGCUUUUUUUUUUUCCUCGACUUUUUAUCGUUAUUUACUGCUAUCUGGCGGCUUUUUGUUGUCUUUUCCAAUCCUCGCCUUUGGCUAGCUUUGCCAAUUUGCAUAUCCCUUAGCGAUGAUGACUCCAGUAUAUACAUAGAACGAGAUCACGGUCAUCGGGUCUUUUUUUUUUGAAGGACAGCAUUAGUUGUGUUGAUGGCGUAAAUGUUUUUUAUACCUUUUCUUAAAAUCGUCGUUUCUCUUGAGCAUCUUUAGGUUGUUCUUUUUUUUUUUUUUUUUUUUUGAUGUCGAAUCAUUUUUGUUCCACCUUCCCUCGAUGAACUGUUGAAUCAUGGCAAAACAGUCGUUUCCUGGAUUUUUCUGACAUGUUUUUAAUAACCCUGUUCAUACUUUCACUAGAUGCUCUAGAUGUUUAUAGCUGUCACUCGUUUAUACCCCCUCCUCCCCACCGCUCUCUUCCCUCAC